AUGUACUCUGCCGAGGUUACAAAGUUAUCCAGUGAUGCUGUGUCCAAGCUGCUGAUGGGAAAGAGGACACUUUCUGAGCUGAACGAAUUUUUCUAUUGGCUUCGAGACUUAUCUGACAUGUGGCUGGAAGAGAACAGGGAACCCAAGGAAGUCUUUGCCUUAAUGCCCAAAGCAGUGUGGAAACCGUUUUCACCAUCGAUGGAUGUAUAUGACGAGCAGACGGUCGAGUUCUUUCUCUUUGAGUGGCUUACCUAUGUCAAACGCGUCAAUAUCAAGAACCUUAAGAUGCUGAUGGCCGCUUGGACAAAGCUUGGUGCGUUUGAACAGUUGAGCUCCAAUGCAUCGGUGAGGCGUUUCAAGCCCGCUGCCGAGUGA